GGGACUAGAAAUUCAUAUACAUCCUCAAAUUUCAAGGAUUUAAAUAUUUAAAACUCUUUCUGGUGAUUUCUUCCAGAGAUUAAAGUUUCAUCAGAUUUAUCCAGAUACUUUUAAAGUUGCAUUUUCACAGCAAACAAAUUUCGAAGGACUGAUUGUUUUUUUGUGUGCGUAAUUUUGUUUGAUUUUUCUGGCUUCUUUCUCCCUAUUUUUAAAUUUUCUGAGUAGGACUAGCAUUAAAACUUGAAAGGGGUAAAACGGGUCCUGACACUCCAUCCUUUUAUCAUACAGACUUUAUGAAGUGCUGCAGUUCUUACAGUGUUUUCUGACCAUGAUCUGUACAAAGCGGAUGAACAUGCCAAGAUGUCUUUGCUCUCCCUGGCAGCAGAUCCUCCUGUAGUCUUCAUGCUGGCCUUCAUUUGACCUGUUUGUGGGAAGCUUUGCCUUUUCCUUCUGUUUUAAUCUACACUCUGUUGCCACCAUUAAAUAUCCAUGAAUGUAGAGUUGACGGUGGUACUAAUAAAACUGUUUAGAAGAGAAAAUAUGAAAACUCAAAUGAAGUGAGUAGCUAAACAGAAGACAUAUAUUAAAGAAGCAAAAUUACCAACUAUGUUGCUGGUGUGGUAUUUAUUCUUUUCUUAGCAAUCUUUCAAUAUUACAUUGAUGAUGUUGUCUCCACAAUUUAUCAUAAUCAGGAUAUAGAUGCAAAUGACAUUUUACUGUCAUGAAGAUACAGAUGCAGAUUAGAGCAAAAAUGAAAAUUUAAUCUCAGCAUCUCUGAUCUCUAAUUCUCAGUGGUUUCCUCUUACUGUUGAUGUCUAUCCCUAACUGUGGGUAUUUAGAGGUCUUAGCUGGAAUUUCACCUACCAGUGCUGAUAUGUGGAUCUACAAUCAAAGCUUGUUACAUGAUUUUAUCCUAUUGGGAUUUUCUGACUGUCCCUGGCUAGAGACACCCUUCUUUGUAAUCUUUCUGGUGGCCUACAUCUUUUCCCUAUUUGGAAACAUCUCCAUUAUCCUAGUUUCCUGCCUGGAUCCCCAGCUUGACAGUCCCAUGUACUUUUUUGUCUCCAAUCUAUCCUUUCUGGACCUCUGUUAUACCACCAGCACUGUCCCACAGAUGCUGGUCAACCUCCGGGGAGCAGAAAAGAUCAUUAGCUAUGGGGGUUGUGUUGCCCAACUCUAUAUAUUUUUGGCCCUAGGUUCUACUGAAUCCAUACUUCUAGCCAUCAUGGCCUUUGACUGUUACGCUGCCAUUUGCAAGCCCCUUCACUACCCAGUCAUCAUGAACCAGAGAUGCUGUACCCACAUGGCUGCUGGCACUUGGAUCAGUGGUUUUGCUAACUCCGUUGUCCAGUCCACUCUCACAGUGGUGGCCCCAAGAUGUGGACAGAGGGUGUUGGACCAUUUCUUCUGUGAAGUUCCAGCCCUUUUGAAACUAGCCUGUAUUGAUACUGGUGUGAAUGAAACUGAGCUCAAUGUACUAGGCGCUUUGCUUCUCCUGGUGCCACUCACCCUCAUCCUGGGCACUUAUGUGUUCAUUGCUCAGGCAGUAAUGAGAAUCCGCUCUGCUGAUAGUCGCUGGAAGGCUUUCAAUACCUGUGCCUCACAUUUGCUGGUGGUCUCCCUCUUCUACUUCACGGCCAUCAGUAUGUAUGUCCAGCCUCCCUCUAGCUAUUCUCAUGACCGGGGAAAGGUCAUGGCUCUCUUCUAUGGCAUUGUCACACCCACCCUCAACCCAUUCAUCUACACAUUGAGAAACAAGGAUGUGAAAGCUGCCCUGAGAAGAUCACUGACUAAAGAGUUUUGGAUUAAGACAAGAUGAUCUCUGAAAAGAAGUCCUAAGAAGCAAGGAUAGAUAUGUUUGACUUUCAAAAAGAUGUCAGACAUGGAAUUGAUGAGGGAAUAGUAUCAAGUUCACAAGUGGAACAAGACUAAGAAAAAAGCAAUUAACUCUUGGUAAAAUCUACGUAGCAUUUUUUCACUUAUGAGAAUACCUGCUUUA